GACUGCCUAUACCAAACACUGAUCCCUAAACCUACGCGUCACUGUGAACCCAGCGAAUGAAAUUGGUCGCAGGGAGGGAUUUACGCUGCACUGGCCCAAUUCUGAUCGAUGGAUAGGCCUGUUACUCUUUACAAUCGAUCGAUGCUGCUGAUCGGAGAUGUUAAGUAGGUGGACUACAGUUUAACACCUUGUUGCUCAUUUUUACUCAAACGACGCGCCUUGAAAAUUUGUCAACAGAUUCAGAACUCCAAAGAACUAACCCUAACUCGAUACGAAAAUCACUAGAGCCUGAAAAAGUUGGAGCAAGAUCCUGAAACCGGACAGUUCAAGAGACAAACUAUAAUGCACCAGCACCAGCAUGCACCAGCCAGGAACCCAUCAGGGAUCCACAGUUAUUGUCUUCUAUUACUCUUUGCUAUAGCUAUCUGUCUGGAUGGAAUGUUAGUCCCUAAUGCGGUCAAAGUGAGGGAUACUGCGAUUAUCCCUUGCAACGAAACAUGUAAUGGGGAUGUUUCAUGGGAAUUUACGACUAAAAAUGAAAAGUUGGAUGUAUUGCAAUGUCUUCAAAGGAUUUGCACAGAAGGAGUCAACUUUAAGAACAGAGUAAACCUCUCUGAAAAGGCUGGAGGCCUGUCUCUAAAACUGUCUCCUGUUCUGUACAAUGAUGAAGGCUGGUACAGGGUCAUGUGCGAUUCAGCAUUUCUUUGUCGAUUUCACUUGGAAGUUUUUGUGCCCACUAAUGUGAACGCCACAGUCGGACAAAAUGUCACACUGCCCUGCUUUGCACGUACAGAGAAACAGAUUGCUGAUGAUGCUGUGAAUAUCUUAUGGAAAAAAGAUGACCAAAUGGUGUUACAAGUUAAAGAAGGAAUUACAAAAUAUGGUUCAAGUUUUACAGACAGGGCCUCAGUUUCACCACAUCUUUAUAAGGAUGGAGAUCUUUCCCUUACCAUAUUCUGGGUCACCACAUCAGAUAAGGGAUUAUACCGGUGCUAUCACAGUGCAGAAGAGGAACAUGGGUAUCCUGGUGCUGUCACUCUUAAUGUUACAGCUUUUCAAAAGUUCUAUGCAAAAAAGUUUGGUGACAAUCUCACCCUUGACCUGUUCGGCUCAGACCCUGUCACGGUGUCUUUCACCGGUUCAACCGAGACCCUGGUUUGCAAUGUGACGGGAAACGACGCUGUGUGUUCACCUGAAUACGCUAACAGAGUGUCUGUCAUCAAUAACUCCCUUACGCUGAGCGGGUUGACAUCUUCUGAUAGUGGGAUGUUCACUGUGAAAGAGAAAACGGGUGAAGUCAUUAGUAUCAACACUGUUACUGUGGAGGGUGUGACCCAGAGGCAUCACUACAUAGCUCUGUUUCUACUGACUGUGUUUGUUCUCAGUUGCAUUUGUCUGUUCUUUUGGUGUAAGUGUCAUAGAAAGUCACAAGCACCAGAAGCUCGAUACAAUUAUAAUGCAACAGAGUCUACUGCGGACAAAGAGCCAUCAAGACAGCCUGCAUGCAUCGGAUUGUCACAACAAGAAACCAGCCCAAAUAUUUCAGAGGACUCUGACGUUAAUAUACACACACCCAUAGAGGAGACUAUGCCUAUGAUGACCACUGAGAAGCAGGACAGCACUGAAGAGGUGGUGUGUGGAGUAAGUGUGUGGAAUACCUCUGGAAUAUGACUGGGAGAAACAAUGUAGGAUACUUUAAGGGACUUUUAAGGAAAUCUUCUUCUGCUAUACUGUAUGCUAUGGGAAAGAUGCUAUUACUUUUUAGGGUACUCUUGGGGUAACUUCAUAACUGUGCUAAUGAACAAUAUGUGAAACACAAAGAGAUGUGAAUUUUAGCUCAGGAAUUCCUGAUUGAAUGAAAGCUCAGGUUACUGAUAUGGCUGAUUAAUAGUAGUGCACAUUUUAAACAAAUUUUUUAAAAGUACUGUAAAGCUUAUUUAUAGGUGAAGGUUAAUAGAUGAAAAAUUGAAUUAACACCAAAGAAAGCAUGUGAACAGGAAAGCACACCAGUUUUUUGGUUUUUAUAGUGGCUUCCAGUUAGCCACAGAAUGAACUUAACAUAUUUAAUUACAAAUCACUUAAUGGCCUUUUCCUGAUCAGAUGUCUGUCAGCCAUGUAAACGUAAGUCAUUAGGGUUGAUCCAGACAUGGUGGAACUGCACAUCUAUUACUCUUGCCAUAAUUGAACAAUCUCCCAGAUGAUGUCAGAUUUGCCCACACUGGAAACCCACCUGUUAUACUGUGCUGCUGCUUUUUAAGCAUUACUCUGCACUUUUUCUUUGAUUGCUUUGAUACAAUGCACUUUUUCAUAAUAUUCAACAGCUUUCAUUUUUUUAUUAUUUGUCAAGUUUUUGUUGAAGGUCUUUGUGUUUUAUUAACUUUUGUUGUACAAAUUCGCGUGAAAUGUGACCUUGAUGAAUCUACCAGACAAAUUCAAAGCAUAUUUCCAGAAGAUAAAAAUGUAUGUAACUUUAUUAUUAUUAUUAUUAUUUUUUUUUUACAAAUUGUCUUUACCGUUUUAGUAAUUUUACCAGACUUUCUGUAAAAGUUGUUUAUUGUGCACAGUGUUAACGAUGUUAAAAUUUUUUUAAGAAAAUACAAUAAUGAAACAAUCAGA